UAAAACCAGAAAAAACAUAAAUAGAAAGAAUAGAUUUGUACCUCUCUCUUUUGUCUCCAUCUCUCAGUCUUUACUGCUGCUCAGUCUUCCCUAUAUAUAACAAGAAAAGUGUAUGUAUAUUAGUUUCACAGCUUCAGAGCUUCUCCUCUGCAAAUUCCAUUCAGGAAUAUUUAAGUGAAGGCUAGUAGGAAUUCAAUGGAUGAAUCAGAAGAACCUCAGCAACAACAGGAAGCCGUGAUAGACAGUGCUGGUCAGAUGACUUAUGGUGUGCCUCAUUACCAUGCUGUUGGACUAGGAGUUGCAACGGGUACGCCUGUGGUACCGGUGUCUGCCCCAACUCAGCAUCCAACUGGCGCGACUUCUCAGCAGCAGCCUGAAUACUACGAGGCGCAACAUGUCUACCAGCAACAGCAGCUGCAACUACGGACUCAGCUACAGGCAUUCUGGGCUAACCAGAUACAGGAAAUUGGACAGACACCCGACUUCAAGAAUCAUAGCCUUCCCCUUGCUCGCAUAAAAAAGAUUAUGAAAGCUGAUGAAGAUGUGAGGAUGAUUUCAUCCGAAGCCCCUGUCAUAUUUGCAAAGGCCUGUGAGAUGUUCAUCUUGGAGCUGACUAUGCGUUCUUGGUUACUUACCGAGGAGAACAAAAGGAGAACGCUGCAGAAGAAUGACAUUGCUGCUGCAAUAUCAAGAACUGAUAUUUUCGAUUUUCUGGUUGAUAUCAUCCCAAGAGAUGAGUUGAAGGAAGAAGGUCUUGGUAUCACCAAGGCUACAAUUCCGCUGCUGGGUUCACCUGCUGAUUCUGUACCAUACUACUAUGUUCCGCAGCAGCAUGCUGUGGAACAAGCAGGGUUCUAUCCUGAUCAGCAGGCCCACCCGCAGCUACCAUACAUGUCGUGGCAGCAGCCCCAUGAACAUAAAGAUCAGGAGGAAAAUGGAGAUUAAUUUCAUUGCUGAGUAAUUUUAUGGAUCUACCGUGGUACCUUUUGUAAUUUGUUGAUGUUCAUGAUGAAUUUCUGUAGCUUUAAUCAGUGGUCUUGUAGUAUGGUAUCGUACUCUAAACUAUGCAAGUUUAAGUUCUGAGCAGGACAAGGUGAAACUGCCUAAUGGGUUGCACCUAGUCUCUUUUGUGGUUGCUCCCCUCCCAUGCAUAUUUUAAGGUCAUUUGACAGAGUAAUUUGGUUUCAA